GUCAGAGUAGUGACAAGUUUAGAAUCCCGGAUAAGGGUCAUGUCUUGCGUGAGCGUGACGUGAGAGUCUUGGAGACACUCAGAUACGCCGACUUUCGUGUACAAACGAGAUUUCUCCAGCGGGGUCGUCAUACUUCCGGCUCAAGUGUACAGUGGCUGAUAGCGAGGUAUCAAGUCAUCGGGACAAGGGAAAUAUUAUGGCAGCCAGAUCUUCUUGUCUGCAUCUGCUAAUCUUAACAGUGUCAAUAUUUCAAAACAUUUGCUUUGUGAGAGGAGCAGGUGUUGAAGAUGCUAUGGUGGGAAUUCAAUCAGCGAUACUGACUCUUCUUUUUUUCGUUGUCAUCUUGCUAAUUGUGGUUGUCAAACGUCUUGCUACCAAGCCUCCAUUGCCAAAACGAAUUGUUUCCGAACAGUCACAUGGUUGCAUGGCUACAGAUGCUGGUAAUGAGAUAUACGAGUCUAUAGAUCAGAGAUUGCUUGCAUCGGGUGGAGAUGCUAAUGGGAGUGGCACGUACGAGGUGAUGAAUCUGCCACAAGGAGCGACUCCCAGAAUCAGUGAAAACAUGUAUGAUACAAGUGAGCGUCGCACGUUGACGGGUUCUACUGGGAAGUACAGCACGAACCCACUUUAUGGUUCUACAUCCUAACUGAUGUUGCUGUCUUGUCAUUACAUUUAACGAUUAGUAGUAAUUGUAUAUUUAGUGGUGAGAUAAUAAUAAUAUGACAUAAUAAAGCUCUU